CUUCCAGCGUCGCAGUGGCGGCGGUGAGUCGUCUGCGCGGAGGGAUAUAGCACGGGACUACACCCAGGCGCUGUCUCAGUCCGUCGGCUUUCUUUCCUUCCAGAGCUGAGAUUUCACACAAGCCAGCGAGCCAGACAGCACAGGAGACGCCAAAACCCUCCUUCCGCACAACCCUCGCUAGACCUUUAGCACUUGUAGCGUUAAAUCCACUCCAGUGGGUGUAGUUCGUCCUUUAUAUCCUUUCAAAUCACAGAAAAAUGUCUUGGCAAAGCUACGUGGAGAACCUGAUGGCCGAUGGCAGCUGCCAGGAUGUCGCCAUUGUUGGCUUUACGGACGCCAAAUACGUUUGGGCAUCGUCAGAGGGUGGUACUUUUAGCGGUAUAACGCCUGAUGAAAUCGAUGUCAUUGUCGGCAAAGACCGAGAGGGCUUCUUCACCAGUGGGCUGACUAUAGGGAAAAAGAAGUGCUCUGUGAUCAGAGACAGCCUUCAUGUGGAAGGGGACUGGACAAUGGACAUCAGGACAAAGAGUCAUAAUGGAGAACCGACAUACAAUGUUUCCAUAGGCAGAGCUGGCAAAGUGUUGGUUAUAGUCAUGGGAAAGGAAGGUACCCACGGAGGAUCGCUCAACAAGAAAGCAUUUGGCAUGUCUGAGUACCUGAGGAAAGUUGGAUACUAAAGCAGCCCCUUCCCAUCCAUCCACACAGCAGCUCACUUUAAUACACCGCACCACACUACCCAUCCACCCACCCCUACCCUCAUCCUCGCCCCCUUUUUGUCAACUUGACAACACUACCAGAAACAGUUAGAUGCAUCGUUGUCUCUCUCCAAAUCUAUCUGUCCGUUUUUAUUUUAUGAAGUUUUCCUUGUGUUUAAUGCUCCAUGUCCUUUAGUUUUGACAUCUUUUUUUGUGCCACAGUGAAUCAAGCAUGUUGGUUUUAUGAAGGUUCAAUCACAAACACUACUGUACAUAACCAUAGAUGUAAAAUGAAGAAUUUUUAAAACAAUUGGACGACCCAGAAUUUGUGUAAAUUCACAAGUAAAUUAAAGUCACUACAUGGUCCAAUUUCUUUCCUUAGGCACUGCUAAUGAACCAGCUUAAGAUAGAUUGAUGCCUCUCGAGUGCUUCGAGCCCUUGCUGAGCUCUCAUGGUCUUCCUUGUAUACAGCAUGUCCAGGAUGGAAAAAAGUGCAUGCAUAUCUUUUAGGUCAAUAUCAUCGUUUUCCAGUAACUAACUACACCACCUUGUCUCAGCUUUGAGAAUGAAGUUAACCAGUCACGUAACACUUCUUAUUUCUUCUUUUCCUUAUUAUUGUUUUCAUUUUCUUUGCUCGGUUUGAUCCUGAAUGAAUUUAGUAAGCACCUCUGCCCCUGCCCUCGUGAACUGCACCACCUUCGCCCCAGCUACUAUUAUAUGCCCUGUACCUUCUUUAGUUUGAGAACCUUAUAUCAAAUGCUUUUGCUGUAGUAUUUGGAUGUGGUCUUGUAAGUCAUUGGUCGAAUGUUGGAAUAUUUUGAGUGUGGUGGCAGAUCAGCAUUUACAAGGUUUGGGUUAAGUUGUUCCCCAAGAGUCUUUGCAUCCCGGACUCUGUAUGGACAUUCCAUCACUACAAUAGCUCAGGCACUUAGAACUGUUGUUUGCCAGCUCCUGUAAAAUGUUUUCCUUUUUGUUUGUCCUUUGUUUUUGUUUUCUUUCUUUCUUUUUUUUUUUAAGACAAAAGUGCUGCCAUCCCUAUGUACCUCUGCUUCUGUCCGUUUCACUUUGGGUUCUCUAAUAGAACCAAGUUUUUGUUGCAUCCAGUGGGAUUAACAGAAUUGCUCCAAACUGUUGUUGUUAAAGUUGACUGCUAGCUUCAUCUGUUGCUGACUUUAUAACUAAAUUCUCAACACUUCAAAUACAGAUUGUUACACCAAACUCAUUCUGUUAAACACUAUUACUGGCGUAACAUUUUGAAAUAAAAAAUCAAAUAUAUAACUAGUUCCUCUCAUGAAUGUCUUGAAUAGAUGAAACGGCAGUCUUAUUGUUAACAUGUCACCUCAAAAUUCUUAAACAUUUUUGACUUUUAAUGUUAUUUUCAAGAAUGAAACCAUUUGGAAGUCAUUGCCUUGUAAACUACUUAACUGCGAUGUAUCAAACUGUCAUAGCACGGUACAAAUGCUUCAUUAAAUAGACAAAAAAAAAAAAAAGAUACUAAAGUCAACUGUGUACACUAACUUUUUCUGGGAUAUGGUGGUAUUAGUUGGAAAAAGACCACUAGUUGAAGUCAGUUGUAUUGUGGAAACUUGUUAAAUAAAGCUGUGUAUCCUGUGCCAUAAUGUAGAUCUGAUCUGUUGCUACUGUGAGAUGGAUUUUAACUGCUGCCUUGUGAAGAGUCAAUUCUUCAUUGGCACCUUUGGGAUAUUUGGCAUCAAUUCAACCUCCAGGGCGUGUGGAAAAUGUACAGAUUAAAGAAAAGCAUCAAAUUAUGUCCAGUUCUCUCCCUUCUUACACCGGACCAGCUGAUAUUCAACUCUAUUUGCGUGGAAGGAAAGGAAAAAAAACAAAUGCCAUGAUUUAACCACCUUGUUUACAGACAAAUCAAAUAAACCUAUUCCAACCAGAAAA